GUUGUCAGAGUUUGAAGAUACACCAACAAGUCAGCUAACCAUAGAUGAGUUUAUGAAGAUUGACUUAGAAGAAGAAUGUGAUCCUCCUUCGUUUACAGCUGGUCAAAAAAAAUUGAAGAUCCAGCAGCUUGAGAAGGCGUUAUCAAAAAAGCUGGAGGAUUUUGAAGGUGAAAUAUCGAGCUAUCAAGAUGAAAUAGAGAUUGAAUUAGAAAACAGUAGACCGAAAGCAAAAGGCGUAUUUGCAAAUUUCACUAAAGAUGAUUCAAUAGAAGAUAAUACCUCUAGCAUACUUGGAGAGGAGGAGGCAGAAGAUGAGGAACUGGAAGCAGCUGCUAAUCACUUAAACAAGGACUUUUAUAAUGAACUUCAUGAGAAGGAUAGAAUAAAAAAAAAUGAAGAUGGGGAAUGCAAAAAUGGAAAUGAAGCUCUUGUAAGACCACCUGCACUGGAAUCCUUGCUUGGCCCGCUCCCCACUGCAGCUAGUCUUGGCAUAACAGAGUCCAUAAAAGAGUGCAUAUCCACUAAGGACCAAGAGCCUGGUGAGAAUACAGGAGAUGGUGAAUUAGAUCUGAGUGGGAUCGAUGACAGUGAAAUAGAUCGGUAUAUACUUAACGAAACAGAAGCUCAGAUAAAAGCAGAGCUGUGGAUGAAAGAAAAUGCAGAUUAUUUGAAGGAACAAAAAGAAAAGGAAGCAAGAAUAGCAAAAGAGAAAGAACUUGGGAUUUAUAAGGAACACAAGCCAAAGAAAUCUGCAAAGAAGCGGGAGCCAAUUCAAGCCAGCACAGCAGGAGAGGCAAUUGAAAAGAUGUUAGAACAGAAGAAAAUCUCAAGUAAAAUUAAUUAUAAUGUGCUAAGGGACCUGAACAGCAAAGGAAGUAACACACCAAAGAAAGAGGAUGACAGCACUGAUGACAGCACCAACACCAAGAAGCUGUCAAGAAGAAAAUCUAUUGCCAGUAGGAAUAUAGCCAACCCUGUAAACAGUGUGGGAAAAAGAUUAAGACCCUUAAUUUCAACACAGCUUGCUAAAAAGGCUGCCACUGAAGAGGUGACCUUUCCAAAUGCACAAGCAGAAGCCCCUGACUUAGAAAAACCAGCAGCUGUGCUAGUGGAGAGUGGCCCAGUAGCUUAUAACCCUGAUGAAGAGGUGGAAGAGGAAGAAAUAGAAGAAGAUGAUGAUCACUGCAUGAGCGCUUUGCAGUUAAUGGGAGGAAACGAUUAUGGCUGUGAUAUGGAUGAUGAUGAUGGCUAUUAG